AGUGACAUUUAUACAGAUUUAAGAUAAUGAAACCGGCCAAGCAGGAGCAGAAUAAGAAAUGAUAAAAAAUUUGAUGACAUUUUAAUUAAAAUCUCAAGUAAACAUUGGUGUUAAUUGUUCGAGUUGGAUUUGAAGUUACCUUAUAAGUUAAUUAGUCAUUGAGAGUGAUUUAAGGACCAUAAAGAAUCUUGAGCAUUUAGUUAAUGGUGGAGUAUUGGUAAUAGCUGCAUUGUAGGGUAAAUUGGUUCUGCGAGUGUCGUAUAGGCGUGUGGCACCGUGCUUGUCUCCCGCUAAGCUAUGUUCAGGAACUCUGCAUGGAGUAUUGGUUAUUGGAUUAGAGAUAUGUAUAAAUCAACAAGAGUGUGACGAUACUCCGGGUAUAAAACAGACUGUCAGUUAAAAUUUCAAAAAGACUUACAAGAUGACAGACAUUAGAAGGAGAAAAGGUGGCCGCCACAAGCCAAGCUCUCAUCAGAGAAACGGCUUUGCCAAAGGAGCUGCUACCCAGAAAGAGGCGUUCACCAUCUUUGGAUGGAGCGUUCAGCAGUUUUUGUUGAACUGUUUGGGGGUGCUGUUGUGUCUUUAUAUCGGGUUUAAGCACUCCUGGUAUAUGAGACAGAUUAAUGAGAAUAAUCUUUGGUUUUCCAACCUUAAGGAAGUAGAGCGUGAAAUAUCAUUCAGAACCGAGUCGGGCCUCUACUACUCCUACUACAAGCAGAUGGUCAAUGCCCCCUCAAUUACACAAGGCCUGUAUGCGUUGACCCAUGACAACAUGACGGAGCACCCUGCUACCAUCAACGUUCUAGAGAGGAUGAAUAUCUACCAGGAAGUGAUUCUCUCCAUCUUGUACAGGAUACUUCCUGUGAAGAACAUCCUAGAGCCAGUGUAUUUCUACAUCAACACAGUGUUUGCCCUCCAUGGGAUGCUAGUGUGCGCAUUGUUUGUCAUAUCAUGGAUGUUGAGUGGCUCAUGGCUGUCCGGUGCUCUUACUGGCUGUUUCUAUAUUUUCAAUAGGUUGGACACAACACGAGUGGAGUAUGUUAUCCCCCUGCGGGAGAGCUUCUCCCUCCCAUUCCUAUGGCUACAGAUAGCGGGAAUCUCCCUCUACUUCAAGCACAACAGUCAUGGCGGCAGAGAGAAGCUAAGCCUGUGUAUCGCACUAUCUGGGUCGUUCCUGUUCUGUCUCUUCUGGCAGUUUAACCAGUUUGUCAUGUUACUACAGUCUCUCGCACUGUUUGGGGUGUGGAUACUGGACCUAGUCCCCGCCAACAAGGUUCGAAUGAUACUGCUAUUUAACGCAGUGUCUCUCCUGAGUGUGUGUGUUCUACAAAGUGUCAACACCAUGAUUCUGGGAUCGCUAGUCAUGAGUUUUAUCCCAGCAACCUUCUUGCUCAUGUAUUUCAAAGGAGAUUCAUUAACACCAUGCAGUAUUCCAGCACGAAUAUCUAAGGUGGCUUUCUACAGUAUUACCUCCAUCAUUCUCAUGUUCUUCAUUAACAUUGCUGUCAAGACCAUCUUAAAUUUGGAGGCAGACGAGCAUAUAUUCAAGUUCUUGCUCAACAAGUUUGGAAUAGGAAAUCCAAGGGACUUUGAUUCUCGCCUAUAUCUGUGUAUCGAGGCAUUUGGCUUUCUCCAACUGGACACGUUUGAGCGCAUGUCCAAGCUUCUCGUGUUCCCGAUUUAUCUAGUCACACAUCUUACACUGCUGGCAGUGUUGUUUAUCGCCGUCAUGCAAAAUUGGAGUAACCACAGCCACGAGGUUGGUUUAAAGGACCAUCCGUCUCCACGACAUUCGCAUCUUCUUUCAUCUCGUCCUGAUCUCGCCUUCCAUGCAAUCCAAGCAAUGUUUUUUGGUGCCCUGGGUAUGUCAACGUUACGUAUGAAGUACCUCUGGACGCCGUAUAUGUGUAUCCUGGCUGGGUUUGGUGUGGGUGAUUACCGGGCGUGGAAAAAUGUGCUUGCACGCCUGCGGAUCAACCAAGAUACUGUGGUCCAGAUAGCCAGACACCUUACAACAAUAGCUGUUUUAGCGCUGCUGUUUGCCAUUGCCCUACCACCAGCCCUGAAAGGGCUAGAGGACCUGAAGGAAUUCUGGGACCCGGACACUGUGGAGCUCAUGGAGUGGAUCAAGAAGAGCACUCCGCCCACAGCCGCGUUAUCAGGCAGCAUGCAGCUAAUGGCUGGAGUCAAACUGUGUACCGGGCGGCCCAUCACUAACCAUCCGCACUAUGAGGACAAAAUCCUCAGGAUUAAAACUAAAGAGUUAUACCAGUACUACGCCAAACGCGAUCCUGCCGAUGUUCACGCCCUAAUGAAGAAGUACAAGACAGACUACAUCAUCCUGGAGGACAGUAUAUGUCUGGCCCCGUCUCGCGGUGGCUGUCGUUUACCGGACAUUCUCGAUGUGGACAAUGGAGUGAUUCCUGACAGUGGCAUUUCUGAGCCAGGUUUGGUGAAGAGUAACAUACCCCGAUUUUGUGACGAAGUUCGCAGACAGACGCCGGAAUACGCUAAAUACUUCAAACAUGUCUUCACCAACAAAACUUUCAGAAUCUACAAAAUUGUUUAGUUGCUCAUGUCUCUAGUAAUAAUAAAAAAAAAAAUGUUAAAUUAUUUAUUGUAAUUUUACUGUGAAAAUAUUUUUAUUUAAUUUUCAAGGUAUUGAUUUCAUUUGUACAGUAGUCAUUUUCUGUUCAUUGUUAUUAUAGUUACUGCAUGAUUUAAACUUACAGAUCAGUUUAAUAGAAAAAAACUUAUUUGUUUUAACAUUUUCUUGAAGGACAAGUUUUAGUUCUGCUACAUAACAUAAUUGACUCAAAACUAUUGUUGCAAUAUUUUAAAUAUAAAAGGUAAAAGAUAGCGCCGAAGGGCUCCAUUUUUGAAGUCAGCAGGCUUUAAAGCUGCACUCUCACAGAUUGAACGUUUUGACAACUUUUCCUUUUUUUGUCUUGGAACUAGCCAAUUUUUGCGAAAAUCCAUGGAAACCAGUUAUGUAAGACUGCUAACCAAAAAUAAGAUUGCAGAUUUUUAUAUUUAAGCUCAAAAAUUUAUGUUUUAUGCCUUUUUCUUAAACUGUUAAUAACGGUUUAAGCCAUAAAACCUUAACUUUCAAACGGAAAUAUGAAAAUCUGCGAUUUCAUCUUUUUUCAGCAAUCGUUGAUCAUUGGUUUGCAAAUAUUUAUGCAAAAAUUUGCUCUUACCAAGACAAAAAAUAAAAAAAGUUGUUAAAACGGUAUAUCUGUGAGAGUGCAGCCUUAAAUGUAAAAGUACAAUCUUGCCAUGUGAUUUAUACAUACUUGUUUUCAAUAUGUAUCUUCCAAAUUGCUUGAAAACUGUCAUCUGAAAAUGCACGACAGAAAUUGAAACUUGCAGUACAGAUAUAUUUUAGCGAUCUUUUGUUGUUCCGAAGAUCGAAUAUGAUCAAUAAUCAACUUAAACAGUCAACAUCAGUGACUCAGGCAUAAGAAAUUCAUAACUAAAAGUGACGAAGCCAAGAUGCACUGUUAUAAGUGUUGGACAAGUGCGAAAAUAUUUUAUUAUUCAUCUAUCAGUUUUCAAUUUCCAGCAAUCAUUCAUGAAGUUUGGUCCAAUUUCCCAGCAUUGUUAAAAGCACUUGGCAAAUUUAUUAUUGAAUGCGUACAAAAAUUGAUCUCACUGCAUAUGAAUCAUUUCAGUUCAUUUAUUUGAAAAUAAGUUUGCUCUCAAAGAUGUAGUCUUCAAUCCAUUGUUAAAUGGUAAACUAUUGCUCUUUUGCAUAAGAAUUAACACUACUUUCUGGAAAUCCUCAAUAUUCCUUUAUUCCUGUAUGUACUUGUUAUUUUAUUCAUGUAACUAUUUUGUUAUGAAGACGUGUUCAUUGAAUCUUGAUGCCAAAAUCCUUCAUUUAUAAUACAUAAAAGUAUGAUUUUCUGUCUUUGAAAAACAAGCACAUGGCAUGGAUUUAUGUAUGUUGGAUCCUCCCAAUAGUUGUUAGUGAUUUUAUUUACAUGUUUUUCUUAUUUGAUUUAAGAGAUCUGGUUUUGAAAAACAGUUGAAUAUUUUUAUUGUCAAAAUUAUUGUUCAUUGUAUUAAUUUCAAUCUUUGCUAAAAUCGUGUUAUGACUAAAUUGUUCAUGAAAAUAUUUAAAGUACAGUAGAAACUCACUAAACCGGAUCUCCACAAAACCGGAAUCCUCGGGAUACGGGACUUUUUUCAGAGUCCCGGUUUUCCCCUUCUAUUUUCAAUGUAAAAUAAUCCCUACAAAACCGGAACCUCGGAAUUCCGGAUACCGGACAAAAAAUCGAGAAAAUUUGUUAGUUGUCAACGUAAUUUUACCUCACAAAACCGGACGUAUAUUUGUUCAAACUUGUCAAAAUGAUUUUGUGUAUUAGGAAUUCGCGAAUCGCGUGUCACUUUGUCACUUUGUUUUGACAGCCGGUGCGUCUUUCAAUAUUGCACCUGUGAUGUUGUGUUAACUCGAUAAUCGAUAUUGAUGAUUGCGCUGUGGAUUGACUGCCGCGCGAUAAUCAAACGAUAAUCAAACUUGUGAAAAGAAAGUUGAUUGAAACAUUAAUUUGUUUGUUGCAGAAAGUAAAGAACUAGAAACGGUUAUCAAGUGAUCAUUUUGGAGGGUUGUUUUAUCUAAAGACUUCUAUGAUUGAAUCAAAUUAGAGCGUUGCGUUAAUUAAACUAUCAAACAUACUUAACAAGCAUUAAAUUACGCAAGUUGUUUUAUUUCAAGACUUGGAAAAAAGAUGAUUGUAAAAACGCAGAAAUGUUUAAUUAUGUUUAUCACUUUUGCAUGUGCUUUAAUCAUGUCUCAACCCCCGUCUAAACGUCGACUUCCCUUUAAAGGUUAACUCAGUUAAUAUUUUGAGUAAACUUACUCCAUACAUCAAAUCCUCACUAAACCGGAAUCCUCACUAAACCGGAAAUUUUGCUCAGUCCGGACCUUGUCCGGUUUAGUGAGUUUCCACUGUAGUAAGUUUGAUGGGUAUUCAUUCUUGAGAAUAUUAAGUACCUGGGAUACAUUUCAAUAAUGAUAUUAGUUGAUUAAAGGCAUAAGUUGAAAUUAUCCUAGUGUCCUUUUUUCAUUAUUUUGCUACAUAAUGGUGAGAAUAAAAAUGCAGCCAAUAUUAGAAAUAAACACGAAGCUGAGGAAAUCUAAAAAAAAGAGCAUUUUUUCCAUUUGUGAUGUUUCUAUGGAUUUAAGAUUGCUGAAGUUCCGGCUUAAGAUCCUGUAAUGGAAUUGGCCCCUUAAUCUUAGGGUCAUACAUCAUUGACUUCAUUCACUCUAUUGGUCAGUUAUUAAUAAUAAGUAAUCCGAUAAGCUACAUCGUUGUUAGAUCCAAUUUAGACCAAUAUUGAAUACCAGCCAAGAUCAAUUCCCUUAGAUAUUUAGAAAUUUUUCGAACAUGUCAUGGUCGUUCCUGAUUCAAAUUGUAUUUAACUUUCAUUUGUAGUAUCAUGAAAAAAAAUUCUCUGUUGGACAUUAGAAGUUAGGUUUAUCUGCAAACUCCGAGAACAUUUAGUUUUAACACAAAUCAUUUCUCAAACACACCAAUUCUGAUACUCAAAUUGUUCGGGUAAUUGGGAAUGACUCAAGGCAAAGUAAUCUAUUUGAAUAAAGAUGAAAUUUA